AUGAAUUCACCUACUUCCCGAAAUUUAUGCACUAGGUGCAAUGUCCUCCGAUUCAAUGAUUCCGCAUUCGGAUAUGGUGUUCAUGGUGAAUCAGGAAGACAGCAUUUCCAAAUCCAAACCCCUAAAAACGCUCACUCAUUCCUGGAUUUCUCGCUGAAGGACCGAUUGCCAAAGCUGCCUAUAAUUUCCGGGUCUGUUCAGAAUGGAUGCGCUUUUUGUGCGAUCCUUAGAAAAUUAAUCACCAAAAGCUGCUCUUAUCUCCCUGAACAGGAAAUCCAUAUUCGGCUCCAGCUUGUGUUUUCUCCCGAGGGGAGAUUCAUGUCUGUCUUGGCUCAUGUUGGCCUACAACUGGAACAAGGAUCAGAUGAAAUCCUGCUUAUGUUCGGUGUUGAUGGAGACCCUUAUGACCCAUGCACCCAAUGGCUUCGUCUCCAGUCCGCCCCCGAAGACCACAUAUUCUGCAAGAAGAAUGUCGAGAAGAUCGGUAAUAUUCUUCAGGAUAUCGAGUCUGAAGAAAACCGGAAUACGCCGUUCUAUCCUACCAGGCUCAUAAAUGUCGGCACCGGAGAUGACGAUACCUGUCAUCUCGUGAUUACAGAUCCCGGUCUCCUUAAAGCCAAGGGAGCCAAGUACGCUGCUCUAAGUUACUGCUGGGGACCGCACGAAGACGCAAAAACGCAAUUCAAGACCGAGCGAGCUAACCUUCCCAAUCGUAUCGCUGGUUUCAAGUCCGAGAUAACUUCCCCCGCCAUGCGGGAAGCCGUGGAAGUAUGCCGUAGCCUAGACAUACCAUAUAUCUGGAUCGACGCAGUCUGCAUCGUCCAAGAUGACAAAGAGGACUGGGAAAGGGAAGCCGCGCAGAUGACGGACGUCUACCAGAACGCCUGUCUUACGAUCUGCACCCCGACUUCGACGUCUUGCCGCGAAGGAUUCUUAGGGCCGCGGGUUUCGGCCCGGAUCCCUUUCCGCUCCGGGAUUGAUGUUGAGGUGGUGGGGUUUUACAAUAUCAGGCCAUGCGGCGCCAUCGGCGAUAUCCGGAGCGCGGAGGGUGACUAUGAGAGUUUCGAUAAUAGCGACACGGGUCCGCGAGGUCUUAGCAAUUGGUGGAAGCGUGGGUGGACGUUCCAAGAGCUAGCUCUUUCGAAGCGGGUUUUGCUUUUUGGCAUUAAGUUGCAUCUCGUGUUCGAAGAUAGGUUCUGGUCCGAGGGCGACGAGUCGCUGACGGAAGCGGUGGAAGACGAGGAUGCGGCGGCGGGGAUGGGGGGAACGUUUGCGGUUAUUGCUGUUGCGGGGGCGCUUGAGUCGAGGGAGGACGAGAGCAUGUGGAUGUCGAUGGUGGAACAGUAUACGGAGCGACAGCUUACGUUUGAGUCGGACAAACUUCCCGCUAUGGGAGGUCUUGCGAAGAUUGCGGUGCGUGGUAAUGGGGACGGAUAUCUCGCGGGUAUUCGCAGGGAGUCGCUUCAUCGCGAUUUAUUCUGGACCCCUGCUAUAGCGUCGGAUGCUGGAGGUGAAGUGAAGCCCAAAGCAUCAUUUGAUGAACUAAUGAAGUCUCUAAACGAGCCAGAACCAUAUAUCGCACCAUCUUGGAGUUGGGCACGUUGGAGGGGCAAGGUUCGCUUUGAUGAAUCGCCGGCCCCUUAUGGGGACCACGUACCUGUGAUGGGAGUCCAUGGGAAGCUUGAAGAGGCUUACAGUGGGGUAGAGGCGAGGACAUCCACUUCAAAACUCAAUCCUUUUGGUCAGGUCACCGAAGGCAGUCUGAGACUUACCAGCAAAGUGGUUCCUAUUCUACAGAGACUUGAACGCCAAGAGGGAUUUGACAACCACUGGGAGAUGUGCAAUGAAAACGGACAAUAUGUUGCGAAUCUUACUUUCGACUGGGAUGAACCGAAGAACGUGGUUCCGUUCGAGAAUCUAUCGUUGGCGUAUAAUAUGGCACUUCUAUACGACAAUGCGGAGGGAGAUAGUGAAGAAGAUGAAGUUAUUAGCGAUUAUGAUGAAAUAAAUGUGGAUGUGAAUAUGGAUUCGAGCGAAGAUGGCGAUGAGCAGAUGGACGACAUCGAUAGCGAAAGUGAAGAAAUCAGUUUUGAAGAGGCACAAGUGAGAGAUGCGAAUGCUGGUAGAUUCGCAUAUGGCUUGAUAAUUCACCCUGCAAAUGCGAAGGGGAAGUUCUUUAGGGUUGGCAUUUUUAGCUCCUGGCCAAAAGGGGCAGGGGGCUUAAAGGGGUAUUUUGAAAACCAACCAUCCACAACCGUAGAGAUCAUAUGA